AUGCGCCGGCUAUUUUUGGUGCUCGAUCUCUCGCUGCUGCGGCAGCCGGGCGAGGACCAGCGGCAAGCAGUGUUGCAGCAGCUGACCACGGCGAUUGGGCGGCUGUGGGCGGCCUACCAGCACAGCAAUGCCGGGAAUGGCGGCGCCGCCACCCAGCGCAUCAGCUGGGGCUAUGCCCUCUACGACUCGGCCUGCCCUGACCUGCUGCUCAAGCCGCAGCUGCGCAGGACGGCGCAGAAUCUGCGGCUCCCCGCCGCUUUUCAAGACAAUGUGCAAACCGACUGCCGCGGAGCGGAGCUGACUCACUUGCUGGCCCUGCUCGCCGCCGCCACACGGCCCUCGGAAGGGGCCGGCAACUCGAGGGGUGCGCGAGACGGCAAUGGGGAGCCGCCGGCGGCGGCGCUGGCUCGCGUGCUGCAGAGCGCGCUGGGCAGCAGCUACCUGCUGAAACUGAAAGAGCUGGCAGACAAUGACAGCGGCAGCGGCAGCAGCGCCGAGGGUCUGCUGGCCGUGUUCAGCCUUGGCCUCAGCACCACGGCGCAGCUGCAGCGCUUCCUCGGCCCCUCGUUUGUGGCGCCCGGCAGCGCUGCGCGGCCGGCCGGGGCGCCGGCGCAGCAGCUGCUGGCAGCCGCCAUGCCCGCCGCGCUGUGGCAGCGCUGCGCCGGCGGCAGCCUGCGCGUGUGCUGGGUGGCUGCAGGGGGCGAGCAGCAGGAGGAGCAGCUGGCUGUGCUGCCGGCCCUGAACUCCCUCAUGCGCCAGCGGUGCAGCAAGGCAUCGGCUGCCCCGCUUGCCGAGCUGGCCGGGCCAUGCAGCCGGCAGCAGUUUGCGGCACGGCUGGCGCUGCCGCGGGCCGAGGAGCAGCAGGAGCAGCCGCAGCGGCAGCAGGUCAAGGGGCCCGAGGUGGAGGGCGAUUUCUGGCCGGCAGCUGCCAGCCCGCAGGAGGAUGCUCUGGAGAACCUGAAGCUGCUGCUUGGGAAUCUGGAAGGAGACAAAGAGCGCGAGGCGGAGGCGGCCAAGCGGCUGGUGCGUGCGCAGCACCGCCAGCUGGCGCGGCAGCGCACGGGCGUACCGCCGGCGGCGCGCCGUGGAGCGGCGCCCGUGGCCAACAAGGGCGCUGCCCUGCUGGAGAAUGCUCGCCGCAUCCAAGCUGACAAGAACCGCAGGGGCACCGCCUCGCAGCCCACCUCCGGUCACGGCACGCCCACCGGCGGCGCUGGCACAUCAGACGACCAGGCGCACGUGCUCAAGGCUGCAGCGGGGGCCAGCGGCGAGGAGGGGGAGGAGGCGAGCAGCUCCCGGGCUCUGGCGCCUGACAGAGCGGUGGCAGACCUCAAGGGGCGCCUGGCAGAGCUCGCCGGGAGCGUCGCAGCUGCCGAGGAGGCGCCGGAACCGUUGGCGCUGCUGGAUCAGAUCCGCCGCUUGGUCGACCCGUGCUUCUCUGCCAUGCUGGCCUACAGCACCCGCCGCAGCAGGCAGCAGCCUGCGGCCGGCACCCCCGCAGCCGCCGCGGACGGGGAGGCCACCAGCGCGCCUGUCGCUGCCGCCGCGGCCGCAGGCGGCGGCAGGCCGCCGCUGCCGCCGCAGCAGGACCUGCUGACCCUGGACUGCAUGAGGUCGCUGCUGCUGCAGCAGGUGCCCGCCGCUGUGGCGGACCUGCGGCGCCAGCAUGUGGAGGCGGCGGAGCCGCAGCAGCGGCGCCAGCUGGCACGCCGCCUGCUGCUGGAGCUGUACCUGCGCCUCAGCAUCUGUGCCUAUGGUUCCCCAGCGGGUGGGGAGCUGCCAGCAGGGCAGUUCCACGAGAUCGAGGUGGUAAUACAGAUGCUGGCAGCUGUCCUGCUGCCGUUCCCCCAGGCAGGCCACGACCUGUUCCUCCAAGCGGUAAAGAAGCCCUUUGGCCCGCGCUUCCCGGCCGACAUGCGGAGGCUGCAGCAGGAGAUGUGGGACGAUGGGCUGAGCCUGGACUUUGACAGCAUCAUGGGGGAGCAGCGGGACAAGGCAAGUGGGGCAGGUGUAGAGCUGGAGGUGUCAGGAGAGACGCCCAAUUGCAGCAGUGGGCCGGCUGGCUCCGGGGCCACCCACCCGCACCGCCAGCGCCAGAGCAGCAGUGCGCUGACGGCCGUCAGGAGCGGCGCGGUGGGGGCCGGCGGCGCGGGGCCCAGCAACCUGGGCAGGUCGGCUGCGGCGCAGCGGGAUAGCCCAGCAAGGGAGGGCACCGCCAGCGGCCGGCCCUCUGCCGGCACCGCCCGCGCCAGCGGCAGCGUCAUGAGCGGAGAACACAGCGGCAUCCAGGGCGGCGGCAGCCGUGCCACCACCGGCGCCGCCACCGCACGAUCCGGCGCCGCUGCGGCCCGAACAGCCACCAGCCAGGGAGCGCUUGUCAACCUGACCCACAUCCGGCAGAGGUACAACAACACAAACCAGCUUAAGCUGCAAGUGCGCUCCAAAGUGCCCGCUGGGCUCAUGCAGAAGAGCAAGCUGAAGCACACUGUUGCCACCAGCCGGCCGACAUCGGCAGCCGCAGGCGGCACCAGCCGGGCUGCAGGCCCCGCCGGGACGGCCGCCGGCAAGGGCCGCGGCGCGGCGGGCGGCCUGCAGCAGCACCAGCAGCUGCCGCCGCGCGCUGCCAGGCGACAGGUGCCGGCCACGCCCGACAGCCGCGGCAAGGCCCUGCGGGAACUCGACCAGGCGACUGCUGCCACAGCCGGAGCCGUGGUCACGGCAGCCCUGCAGCUGCACCAGCACCAGCACCAGCACCAGCAGCACUCCCUGCUCUCUGGCGGCGUUGUCGUCUCGCCGGACGACGCCCACCUGGCUCUGGUGCUGCCGUCGGGAGCGGCGGCGCCGCCGGCAGCAGGCAGCGGCAGCCUGGAGGCGAUCCCAGACACGGAGGCGCGCCCCCGGCUGCCAGGGGUGCCUGCAGAGUUGGGGGCGGCGGUGGAGCAGCUGAUGCGCGGCCCUGGCACCCGCCUGGAGUUUGGCGCUCCGGCGGCUGCCCCUGGCGCCAUCCUGCCCUCCCAGCGCCGCCCGGGAGGCGAGGAGGGCGGUAGUGCCACCACCUCUCCAGCGGGAGCAGCUGAAGGUCCAACCUGGCUGGUGGCAGCCACGCGCGCGGUGCGGGGCAGGGGAGGCGCGCCUGGUGUGGCGUCCCUGGGUGUGCUGGCGGCGGGCUCUCAACAGCAGCUGCCAGAGCCCGCUGCCGAGGCGGCGCCACCCUCCGCCGCCGACGGCGCUGAGCAGCAGGAGCAGGAGGCAGCGGAUGGCAUGGACGUGGAUGGUGCUGCUGGCACGCCCGCCAGCCCAGCGCACGACCCGCUGGCGCCAGCAGCCCCGGCAGGGGAGGCAGAGGAGGCAGCUGCGCCGCCAGCGGACGCCGCAAGCCCCAUGGAAGCAGAAGGCCCCACUCCCGCCCCGCCUGCCGAGCCGCCAGCGGCGGCUGGUGAGGCUGCGAAGGCCGCUGCUGUGCCCAGCACCAGCCGCCGCACGAGGAGCGCCGCCGCUGCCGCCGCCACAGAGGGGGCAGCCGUGAGGAGGCGCAGCAGGGGCAGGGCUGUUGGGGCAGCUGCCGCCGCUCCGGCGGGGGUGGAGGCGGAGCCGGCAUCGACUGUGCGGCGAGGCAGGAGCAGGAGCAAGGGCGCUGUGGAUGCCGCCACCCCGGCUGACCCUCAGCAGUACCCAGGAGGACAGGCGGUGGCGGCUGUGUCGGCUCCAAGCACCAGGCGCACGACCCGCAGCACGCCUGCAGCAGCCGUGGCGGGUGAGCAGGCGCAGCAGCAGGAAGAGCCAGCGAUGGCCGACUCCGCACCCAGCACCAGGCGCGGCACACGGCGCACCCCUGCUGCUGCCGCUGCCGGCGAGGAGCAGCAGGCACAGCAGGAGGAGGAGGAGGCAGCAGCGCCGGUCGCAGUGGCUGACUUUGCACCCAGCACCAGGCGCGGCACACGGCGCACCCCUGCUGCUGCCGCUGCUGGCGAGGAGCCAGCAAUGGCAGUGCGGGUGACCGACUCUGCUCCCAGCACCCGGCGCGGCAAGAGGCGCUCCGCUGCCGCUGCUGACGAGGAGCAUCACGAGGAGGCAGCACCAGAGGUGGUGGCACCAGCUGAUGAGCCCGCGGCAGCUGCAGCAGGCAUGGUGGCUGAGCCAGAGACUGUGGCAGCCGAGGAGCAGGGGGACGCCUCGCAGGCGCAGCCAAGGCCGGUCCGAGCGCGGCGCCACAGCAGCCGCUUUGCUGCUGAGGAGGAGCAGGAGCCAGCUGCAGAGCAGGAGGAGCAGCUGGCUGCAGCAGCGCCUCAGCCCAGGCGCCGCAGCGCCGUAGCGGCAGAGGCAGAAGAUGCAGCAGGCCUGGGCAAAGAAGAGCAGCGGCUGGUGCAGAUGCAGGCGAGGCGAGGCACGCGCUCAGCCGCUGCUGCCUCACCGGCCGCCGCGCCAGCAGCAGCGGCGCCCAAGCCAGCAGCCAGGAGCAGCAGGGGCAAGAAGCGGCGGGCGUCAGGGCCGGCCGAGGCGCCGCCAGCCGAGCCUCAGGCCGAGGAGCUCGCACCCGCCGCUGCUCCCGAGUCUGCGACUGCCGGCGUGCAGCAGGAGGAUGAGGAGCAGCCAACGCCUUCUGCCUCGCAGCUGGCUGCCAUCGUCUGCCUGUUUGGCUGUAGAUCGUGCAGGCAAUCGAAAUCGGGCUGCUUCAAAUGCCGGCCCAAGGUGGCAGCCGCGCUGCAGGCCGCCCACUUGGAUGAGUGUUUGGUGGGCGUGGGCAACUGCGGCAAAGGGAGUUGCGCCUUGAACCGUCGGGGCUGCGCCACGUGCUGGGCUGCUGUGCAGCAGCAGCUGUGCAGCCUCGGCGCUUCCACGAAGCCAGCAGCAGCCGCAGAGGGCGAGGUUGCAGCAGCUGCUGGGGCGGAGGAGGGCGCUGCGGCGCCGCUGGUGGUGGCAGCAGCGCCUGCUCCGGAGCCGGAGCAAGCGAUGGAGGUUGAGACUGCGACCGAGACGGCAGCUGUGCCGCCGCCUGCAGCCAAGGAGCGUGCAGGGACGGCUCAAAAGCGGCGCAAGGCUCGGCACUCUGCCGCCCAGGAGACAGCCGCGGUACCGCAGCCCGCUGCAGCGGCUGCUGCAGUAGUGGAGGAGCCUCUGCAGGAGGAGGAGGCUGAGGGCAUGGAGGCAGCUGGCGAGGCGGUGGUUGCAGCACAGGCGACAGAUGAGGGAGGCAGGCAGUCGGGCCGCCGCAGCCGGCCCACCGCUGUGCAGCGGAUGGCUUUCGGCCUCUCGACUGAUGCUGCACAGCAGGCGGUGGAGGAGGUUCAGCAGGAGGAGCAGCCGCAGGGCGAGCCUGCAGCAGAGGCGGCAGCUACAGCAGGGCCACCGCCCACGGCAGCCCGCCGCCUCUGCAGCGCUGCCCGUUCGGAGCAGCAGGCAGAGGAGGCUGAGGCUGCAGCGGCGGCGCUGUCCACGGCACGGCGCCGCGGGCGCAGCGCCGGGCCGGUGGAGCCGCAGGCAGAGGAGGCUGCAAAGGCGCCACCGUCCGCCACACGCCGCGCCGGCCGGAAGGCCGGGCCGCCAGAGCAGCAGGCGGAGGCGGCGCCGCCUGCAGCCAAGGUGCCGGGCACUGGGCUGCGGCGCGGCCGCAGCGCCGGGGAGCUCGAGCCUGAUGCCGCCGCCGAAGCGCCAGCUGCCGCCACCACGACUGUUGCUACCGGCAAGCGCCGCUCGCUCAUCAAGAGCAUGCGGGAGGCGGCCGAGGAGGCGGCUGAUGCAGCAGAAGCGGCGGCUGCUGCAGUGCUGGCAGCUGCUCCCGUGGAGGGUGCAGAGGCGGCUGCCGCGGCAGGCAGGCAUGGUGCCAUGGUCGCCUCUCCAGAGCUCCUGGCCACCGCCUGGCCGGCGGCAGCAGUUGCAAUGGAGGUGGAGGGCGCCGCUGCUGUCCAGCCGCCGCCGGCCGCGCUGCCGCAGGCAGCUGGAGCUUCUGCCGACCCUGUGGCAGCAGCCAUGGCCGCGGCUGGCGCCUUGUCGGAGCAGCUGGGCGAAGGGGAGGUGGACAUGGGGUUCGAGCAGGUCAUGGCUGCGGAGCUGCUGACGCCCGCUGACAUGGCGGUAGCGCUGCCGGCCGCCGCCGCCCUCGCGGCCGCCGCUGCCGCGCCCGCAGCGGCCGCGGGGCCCGAGGGCACGCAGGCGGAGGAGCAGGAGGGGGCGCCGGCCUCGGCGCGGCGGCGCCAGUCGGGCGGCAGCGGCGGCAGCGCCUUCAAGCACGGCAAGGGCCGCCUGAGCAUCAUGAAGGGGGCUGCCUCCUCCAAGGCAAGCCCGCAGGGUUGCACUGCUGCGCUGGCCAAGAAGCGCAGCGCGGCCGGCGAGGCCACCAGCGGGGGUAGCAAGCGGCGGUCCGCGGGCGCGGGCGCGGCAAGCGUUCGCUCGCCGCUGGCGCCGCUGCUGCAGCAGGCGGCGGCGACCUCCGGCGGCGGCCCGCAGCCCUCCUCUCCCUAUGACGGUGCCUAUGGCUUCCCAGAGGAUGGGCGGAAGGCAGCAGCCAGGGCCGCCGCAGCCGCAGCCGCAGCCGCCAAGGCAGCAGCAGAGGUGGUGGCAGACUCCGGCGCACCGCAUGCAGCCCCCGUCGCGGCUGUAGCGGCAGCAGCAGCUCCUGUGGGAGUGCCCGAUGCGGGGUCGCCAACUGGCGCCACACCUGGAGCGCCAGCCGCCGCUGAUGGGCUGCCAGAGGCAGCGACCGCGGCAGCGACCGCCGGCGAGGCUGGCACGGCCGCUGCGGGCGGCAGCGCCGAGCGCGUGCCGGCUUCAGAGGGCGAGCAGCAGCAGAGCCCGCCGCAGCGGCAGCUGCCGCAGCCGUCUUGGCGGGUGCAGCAGAGCCCUGUGCUGUCUGCUGCGGCGCGCGGCCCCACCUCCUCAUUCGAUGCCCGCACCCUGGCAGCGGCAGCCGCCAUGCAGCAGGAGGUGUCGUCUCAAGUCACCGCGCUGACGCAGCGCCGCCAGCAGCAGCAGCAGCAGCAGCAGCCGGACGGCUCUCCCGACUCCUGCCCAGAGUCUGCUGUCCCAGACAGCCAGCUGCAGCAGCUGUCGCCCGGCGUGGCGGGCCCGGUGCGCGGCGCGGCCCACCCGCAGCAGCCCGCGCCCACGCCGCAGUCCCGCCAGCGCCGCCUGUCGCCCCGGGGGCCUGCUGCGGGCAAGCAGCGGCCGCAGCUGCCGCGCGGGCUGCCGGUCCCCAUGCCGGUUGCCGGCGACAAGCUGUCGUUCAUUCAAAGCGCCUCCGCGGAUGGCUCUGCUGAGGCGGGCCACGAGCCGCGCCUGUUCCUGAUGAAGCUGCAGGUUGCAGCGGUGGAGCAGCAGGAGGCCUCAGCCGACGGCCCGUGCCUGCUGGCCAGAGCCAAGAGGCUGGACUUCCAAGGAGAGCCCGCUAUGUCGGUGUCGCUGCGCGCCGCCAGCUGGGUGCCGCCCGGCCAGCCGCUGACCCAGGCAGGCCAGUGGCAGCAGCUGUUCGAGGGCCCCGGUUCCGGCUCCUCGGCCCGCCCCUCCGGCGCCACCCUGCGCCCCGCCGGGCCGCCGGCGGAGACGGUACGGCACAACACGGCGGCGCGCAUGCAGCAGCGCCGCAACAGCACCGACAGCCUGGUGCUGCCUCAGUCGGUGGCGCAGCGCCAGUCGCUGCAGGCUGCGCUGCUGCCGCAGGUGCAGCAGCAGCAGCAGGCCGGGGGGGCGCUGUUCUCGCCGACAAGCACGGCGCCGCGGCAGCUCUUCGGCGCAGCCAGCCCCGCCCACGGAACGCCCGCGGCGGCCGGCCACGGCAGUGCGCUGCGCAGCAGCGGCCGCCCACCCCUGCCCUCAGCGCCGGCAACGGCGGCGGCGCCAGGCGGGCCAGCCUAUACCCCUCACCGCUUGCCCCUUAUCGCCGCCUACAAGCCGCAGCAGCUGGCUCAGGCCUCCCCAGCCCGCACCUCCCCCAGGCUGCAGCUGCAGCAGCAGGGGCGCCAGCAGGCAGCCGCAUCCACCGCCGCAGCCGUGGAUGCACCCCUUGCUGACAGCAGCCAGGCGCAGGGCGGCGACGCGGCGGCGGCGGCCGCUCCCGGCGGGCUGGGGUCUGAGGGGCAGCUGGCUGCGGCGGAGGCGCGACUGCGGGCGCUCCUGCCCGACCAGCACGACCGCGCCUUCCGCUUCGCGCAGCCGCGGGCGAGCGCAGAGGGCCUGGCGGGGCCGGGGGAUGUGCUGCUGUACUGCUCCAAGCGCGAUCGCAAGCUGAGCCUGCCGGUGCUGGAGCUGGCGCUGGUGCUGAGCGUGGAGGAGGUGGGGGGGUCUUCCAGCCCUCGCCAGAAGUUCAGCCACGUGGCAGAGACGCUGGUGCUUGCCCGGGGGAUCAACGACGCGCAGCUGGAGCCUCCCAGCCAGGCCACAUUCGGCACCGCGGAGCUCGGCAAGGCCGGGUGCAAGCAGCAGCAGAAGGGGGUGCGCGAGAUGCGGCACUGGUGCUACCGCGGCACCCUCAGCGGGUCUCAAUUCAACCCGUUGAAGCAAGCCGCCGACAACCUGCGCGGCCUGCGGCAGCAGCGGAGCCAGCAGCAGCAGCAGGCGGCGUGA